AGAGCUGCAGCAGCGGGAGGAAGGCGAUCAACCGACGCGAGAGUAACAAUGAACAGGAUUCGAAUCCACGUUUUGCCGUCCAGUCGGAACCGGGUGGCCCAGCCCCCCCGACCCCAGGAGCCCCAGGCCUGCUCCUUCACCCAGCGACCAUGCUCCCACCCCCGCCUGGAAGGCCUGGACUUCUGCCUCAAGCACAUCCUGGAGGACAAGACGGCGCCGUACAAGCAGUGCAGCUACGUGUCCUCCAAGAACGGCAAGCGCUGUCCCAACGCCGCGCCCAAAGUAGACAAGAAAGAAGGCGCGAUGCUCUGUGCAGAACACGCUCGCAGGAACGCCAUGGCUCUGCGGGCUCAGACCAGGAAGGCGGCGUCCGCUCCGUCCCCAGAGACACUGCUGUCUCAGCUCAGUGGCUUCAACCGCGCUGAGACACACGGCCUUGAAGGAGGUCGUUCAGAAGGAAGUCGAGUUGUAGAUGAAGACAGUCUGAGCGACGAGGACCAGGGACCCCUGGUUCUGGACCAGACGUGGAGAGGAGACCCCGACAGUGAAGCCGACAGUGUUGACAGUGAUCACGAGGAUCCUUUAAAACAUGCAGGUGUCUACACAGCAGAGGAGGUGGCUCUCAUCACCCGGGAGAAGCUCAUCCGGCUCCAGUCUCUCUACAUCGACCAGUUCAAACGCCUGCAGCACCUGCUGAAGGAGAAGAAGCGCCGAUACCUGCACAACCGCAAAGUGGAGCAUGAAUCUCUCGGGAGCGGUCUGCUGACGGGUCCUGAAGGGCUGUCCACCAAGGAAAGGGAGAACCUGAAGAAGCUCAAAGCUCUGCGUCGAUACCGUCGUCGGUACGGCGUGGAAGCUCUGCUGCAUCGGCAGCUGAGGGAGCGGAGGCAGGCCGUGACGGACGGGGGUCUUCAGCCGAACUCGAGAACCGUGUACGAGAAGUGCAUCUCGUUCGUGGAGGGAACCCGCUGCAUCAACCCCUGCCUGCCUAUGACCCGGCACUGUGUCUCACACAUUUACCAGGACGGCAAUCAGGUGCUUUUCAAAAUGUGUCCCGGCCUGAAAGACGUCCCCUGUGAGCGCACGGUGCACUUGGGUCAGUCCGACGACCCCCGCUGCACGCUUCACCUCACCCUGCCCCCCCCCAUGUUCCAGCCGGAGCAGGAAACGCCCCCACAGGACCAGCUCGCCCUGGCCAGCAGAGACAUGUACCUGAGUGCAGCAGAGCUCCAGCCCACAGAGAGCCUUCCCUUAGAGUUCAGUGAUGACCUGGAUGUGGAAGGGGACGGGAUGCAGGGCCCGCCGUCGCCGCUUCAGUUUGACACGGCGCUGGCCCUGGAGGACCAGACCAUCAGAGCCAUCGCCGAGGCCCCGAUGGACAUCCUGACCGGAGAGGACCCGGACCAGGGGGACCUGGACGCCUCAGGACAGGAGCUUUCAGAAAGAGAUGUGGAUUCCAUCAUGGACGACCGGGUUCACUCAUGAUGUGGGAACUCGGAUGAUGAAAUCUUCUUUGUUUGUCACUCUGUUAUAAUCUGGUGCAAUAGAAUCCUGGUGACUGUGUCAGACUGAACAAAAACAUUGAAAUAAAGUUGUCUUCUGCACUUGA